ACCAUUGGGGUGCCAGAGCAGCAAAUAACUUUGACUGGGCUGAGCGGGAACUGUGAGCAUACGAGCAUACGACACAGUUUCUCUCUCCAGGUGUUCUUGGUUGACUCACUGGAAGGCGACUGGAAUAUGGCACCUUGCCCUAGAACUCCAAGGUCUUUAUCUCAAAUCAAGGCUUCUAAACCAGUUUGUCUGGCAGCUUAUCAGGAGGAGAUACAGUUGCUGUACCAGUAUGAUUGAUUGGCUAACAUUUCACAUUGAAGAAGGCACAGUGAUGCCGAAACGUUGGUGGUUUACCCAAUAAAUUACUGGGAGCUUAUAUAGAGUGUUUGAAAAAUAAUGACACUCCCCCACAACUUUUAAACUAUGCUUGACUAAAGAUUGGGGAAAAAAAGUUGUUUGCUUUUCUCAUUGUUUGGUUGGUAGCGUUUUCUGAGUGUGGUAAUGAGUAUGAUCUUACUGGAAGCUAUAUGUGUGUUCACAAGGCUAGUUGUGGUAGCUUGUGGUCAAUGACAAGUCCAGACUGUAGGCGUUGAUGCUGAUCACGUGUCAUGUGACAUCAGAGCCGUUUGGCAUCGAUUGCAUCAGUUCCACCAGUUUCUGGUCCCCCUUUUGUUUUGGGAGAACUGUGUUGGGAACUCUCAAGUGAUUAUUCAGAUAUAUCAUUGACAUCCUGAGUUAGAGGGCGCUCAAUGCAACACCUCUCACAACACUAUCAGACAACACUACCAGACUGGUUCUGCAGUGAGGCACAGGGACCAGCCAGAUAAUAAGAGGUUUGGAGAGCGGGAAUGCUGGAGAGAGAGAAAAACAAAAGAGGGGGGAGAGAAAAAAGUGUUAGAGGCAGCAAGUGGGAGAGUAAAAGAGAGAGAGAGCAACUGAAUGAGCGGGGCUUUAGAACGAGAUUAGAGUGUGUGUGUGUGUGUGUGUGUGUGUGUGUCUGUGCGUGUGAGUGUGUCUGUGUGUCUAAGAGAGAGAGGGAGAGAGUGGGAGAGGCCAUUCCCCAGAGGUUUGGUCUAACUCCCAGUAGUAUAAGUUAUUUGCACAGCAGGACCAGUAGCAGCCUGCUUUGUCAGAGUAACUUGCUGUUCUGUAGUCGCAACAGCAGGUCACUGCAGACGGACUGAAAAAACAUUACAGUUGUUUUGGGAUCCAGAGUGCCAGAAGGAAGUGUGAGGGGUGUGUGUGACACAUUGUGUGUUGGAGAGUGUGAGUGUGUGUGUGUGUGUGUGUGUGUGGGUGUGAGAGCGUACAAGGAUGACCAGGGGGUCAGUCAAUGGUGAGGGGACUGGGGUGAACAACACCCCUCAAAAUGGGGGACACCCUGGGGAUACCCUUGUCCCAAAAGAGGACCCUGACGCUCCCAACGGAAAGGUAGAGCUGAGGAAGAAGGUGACACUGCUUCGGGGAAUCUCCAUCAUCAUCGGUACCAUCAUCGGAGCGGGAAUCUUCAUCUCUCCCAAGGGAAUCCUGAAGAACUCUGGGAGUGUUGGAAUGUCUCUGGUGGUGUGGAUCGCCUGCGGAGUGCUGUCCCUGUUCGGGGCCCUGUCCUAUGCAGAGCUGGGAACCAGCAUUCAGAAAUCUGGAGGACAUUAUACCUAUAUCCUGGAGGCCUUUGGACCACAGAUGGCCUUCAUACGCCUCUGGGCUGACCUCAUCGCCAUCAGACCUGCAGGGUUGGCAGUGAUAUCCCUGGCCUUCGGACAAUAUAUACUGGAGCCCAUAUUCAUGCCCUGUGGAGUGCCCGAGAUUGCUAUUAAACUGGCCACCUCUAUAGGAAUAACGUCAGUGAUGUAUCUCAACAGUAUGAGUACGAGCUGGACAAACAGGAUUCAGAUCUUCCUCACCUUUAGCAAGCUGCUGGCCAUCGUCAUCAUCAUUGUACCUGGCCUCUAUAUGCUCUUCAAAGGGGAGACUAAGAACUUUGAGAAUGCGUUUGAGGUCAGUAAUAUCAAGCUCACAGGCCUUCCUCUGGCCUUCUACUCUGGGAUGUACGCCUAUGCUGGGUGGUUUUACCUGAACUUUGUGACUGAGGAAGUAGAGAAUCCAGAAAAGACUGUCCCAUUGGCCAUCUCGAUCUCCAUGGCGAUAGUCACUUCGUGCUACGUGUUGACCAACGUGGCGUACUACACUGUGAUGUCAGCAGAGGAGCUGUUGGCAUCGCAAGCCGUCGCUGUGACGUUUGCAGAGAAGAUGAUGGGGAACUUUUCGGUGGCGGUGCCGGUAUUUGUAGCCUUGUCGUGCUUUGGUUCGAUGAAUGGCUGCUUGUUCGCUUUCUCAAGAAUGUUCUAUGUGGCGUCACGCGAGGGCCAUCUCCCUGAGGUUCUGUCCAUGAUCCACGUCCGCAGACACACACCUUUGGCAGCCGUCCUCGUUCUGUACCCUAUGACGGUGUUUCAGCUGUUUGUGGGAGAUAUCUACAGCCUGUUGAACUUCAUGAGCUUCCUCCGCUGGCUCUUCAUUGGCGUGGCUGUGCUGGGCCUCAUCUACAUGAGAUACACACGGCCUGACAUGCCACGCCCUUUCAAGGUUCCUCUUUUCAUUCCAGCCAUUUUCUCCUUCACCUGUUUCUUCAUGGUGUUCCUCUCUCUCUACUCUGACCCCGUCAACACAGGGAUAGGAUUAGCCAUCUCCCUAACAGGAAUCCCAGCCUACUAUAUUUUCAUUGUGUUUGACCGCAGACCCAAGUGGCUACAGAAUGGUUUAGAUUCCUUCAACAGAUCUGUCCAGAUCAUCCUGGAGGUGAUCCCAGCAGAACACUGACACUCCUUCACACCAUAUCCCCACACCGAUGGCCUCUAUUGCAUCGUUUCAUAGAAUAAAUUAUUAUGACUCUCCCAUCCUGCUGGCCUUAUCUAGGCAGGCUUAGCCCUGCUCUGCUCUGCUCUCACAUUUCACAUUACCAAUUCAAACCGCCUGAAUACUUGCUCCUCUCUCCUCACUCAAGCAUUUGAAAUGGAGUGGCCAGGCAGGCAGGGAGGUGAGGCUGUGGCUAUGUGUGUGGCUGUGUGUGUGUUUGUCUCCCUGUGUGAGAUUUGCAGGUAAUCCAUCUCUGUAACCACUACCCUCUGGCUCCAGUCUGCAGUGGGAGCCCAGCCUCUUAGAAAUGCAACAGCUUUUAUUGUUGAUGAGAUGCGGCAGAGCCAGGGAAUCCCUGUAAGCUAGGAGUAUAACUAUCUUUGGUUGCAAUCACAUCUAGCUUUAGUCAUUGUUACAGCUAGCAUUAGCCACAAUCACAGCUAGCGUUAGCCACUAUCACAGCUAGCGUUAGCCACAAUCACAGCUAGCGUUAGCCACAGUCUUAGCUAGCGUUAGCCACAAUCACUGCUAGCUUUAGCCCCAAUCACAGCUAGCAUUAGCCACAAUCACAGCUAGCAUUUGCCACAAUCACAGCUAGCGUUAGUCAUUUUUACAGCUAGCAUUAGCCACAAUCACAGCUAGCAUUAGCCAUAGUCACUGUCUGCUACACCUCAGACAACACUGGAUACUCAAUUUUCACCAGAUCAUUCAGGAUCAGACAACACAACACACAUAAAUUAAGCCUAAGGCUACCUGUAGUUAUUUCUAUAUUGUAGGAAAUGAAGACAGAUCAGUGAUUGUUAAUUGAUGUGUGUUGUAUAGUCUGAGUUAGACAAGCCCUCCCUUCACAUAGUAGGUAAGCACUAUCAGAACAGUAAACAUACUCAAUCUACAGAUGCCUGUGAAACAUGAUGUCCUUAAACACAAGACAACCAACAUUCAUGUGAUAAAGUUGUAUAUUUUAUAUAUUUUUUAACAUGUGUGUUCAGGACAAGUGACUGUUUAGAAAUGAUGCCCUGGAGAACCUGAUAUCUGAUUUAAAA